CUCUCUUGUCCUAUAAGCAUUGGAGUUCCAUUUCGCAACUUCGCGCAUUUCCUUUCAGCCCAUUGCGGUCUUUCAUACAUGUUUAUUGCCAGUCAUGAAGUUGAUCGCGUUACUAGGCCUGUCCAUCUCAGCAGUGGCAGAGCUUCUCCGCCCAAAUGGCAUAUCCUUGACCUUGAACGGGACGAAUUAUUUCUUAUCGCCGUCUGUUCAAGGAACGUUACCAAAAAGCCUCAUUCCAGCUACCACCACUACAGAGCCGCUGGCAUUUGUGCCUAUUACCAUCGUUGGCAAUAACUCCGCCCAAAAGGAUCUCCCGAAACUGUUCUCAAGCUGGGCGCAAAAGGACGACGUUUGGCAACCUGCCUUUUCUGACUUGGUGGUACUUUUGAAGUCGCCCAGUUGUAAAUCAACGACGACUAGCUUCAAUGGCAUCAAAUCAGCUGUUUCUUGCUGGCACAAAGCCCCCGAAAUUCCCUCAGGACCUUACUUCUUAGAUCCAUACAGAGGGAGUCUGCAUCAAGUGUAUCGGCUCUAUGAUGACUUUUCCGGUAGCUUUCUAGAGUCGAUUCUCCAAUCCCCAGAAGGAACCUUUCAGACUCUCUCGGCGCACGCUCCGGGUAGCAGUUCUCUCACCAUAGGAGUUCCCUCGCGCUUAUACUUUACUCGCACAAAAGAAAAACCUUUAGCUGGUGUUCGUGUAGGAGUCAAGGAUCUUUACGACCUCAAAGGUGUAAAAAGCUCGCGCGGCAACCGUGCUUGGUACAAUCUCUAUCCAGCAGCGAACAAAACAGCACCGGCGAUACAGAAUUUGAUUGACGCGGGAGCUGUGAUCGUUGGUACGCAGAAGCUCUCCCAGUUCGCGAAUGGGGAGAAUCCAACUGCAGAUUGGGUCUCGUACCUUGCGCCGUUCAACCCCCGCGGAGAUGGGUACCAAGGUCCAUCCUCGUCGUCAUCGGGUGCGGGAGCAUCUAUAGCGUCUUAUCGGUGGCUGGACCUUGCUGUUGGAAGCGACACAGGAGGUUCAAUCCGCGGACCUGCUGGAGUUUCAGGUGUUUUCGGCAAUAGACCUACUCAUGGCCUUGUCAGUCUGGACAACGUGAUGCCGCUUUCACCCAAGAUGGACACGGCGGGUUUCCUGACUCGCGAUCCCGAGAUGUGGGGAGCAGCGCAGGCGGCUAUGUACAAGAAGAACUACACGGUGUUUUCAAAGGAGAUUGUCAAGUACCCAAGGACGGUUUACACGGCGGGGUUUCCGGCCAACGAUACACCUGAGGGCGCAAUACUGCACCAAUUUGCCAACGAUCUCGCUGACUUUCUCGUUACCAAUGUUACUGAGUAUAACAUUAGCGAGAAGUGGGAUUCAACAGGGCCGGAGUCUGUGCGAAAUACUCCCUUAACAGAAUUACUGAACGUAACCUACGCUGCUCUUAUCACCAAGCAACAGAUUGCUUUAGUCAAAGAGCCAUUCUUUAAAGAUUACGCCGCCGCUCAUGAUGGCCGUACGCCUUACGUAGAUCCAGCGCCCAGCGCGCGUUGGGCAUGGGGAGAAAGCCAACCCGACUCCAUUCUCAACGACGCCAUCCAUAACAAAACCAUCUUCAUGGACUGGUUCAACCACGCCGUUCUUCCAAAAGACAAAGACUUGCAAAGAUGCUCUUCUAGUAUCUUGCUGUAUACCCAAGGUCCAGGGAUCUUCAGCCGCCGCGAUGUCUACCUAGAUCCUCCGAGUGUUCCGUUCGGAUGGUCAUUGAGCAGGAUUUCCAUCUUCAGCGAAGCACCCGAUAGUGUGUAUCCGAUUGGGGAGGUAUCACAAUUCAGUGAAAUCACCGGUCGCAAUGAGAGCUUGCCUGUUAGCGUUAAUAUCAUGGUGGCCAGAGGAUGUGACGGGCUUGUGCCCAGGCUGGCUGAGGAUCUUGUUGGGCUUGGCUUAUUGAAGAUUCCAAAGACUGGCGGAAGCAUGUCAGGUGGAUCGAUUCUGUUUUAAAUCUCAGCCACUUCAAGGGAAACGGAUAAAUGAUGAUGGUAUUCGUUUCAUGCCAAUCUUAGGCAGGUCUUCUUGAUAAGCUUAAUUUAUGCUAAUUUUGGUCUGUGGCUCCACCUCCACAAACAACAUGCGUAAUGGCGUCUGGUAGCAUUCCAUCUCAGAAACGAAUACAGGCUACUCGCAAUUCAUGCCAUUUCCGCUUCGCCUAAAAGAUGGAGGCCUAGUG